CGGGGAAGGCCGCCCGCCCGCCGCUGUCCCCAACGCGACCGUCGCUGCGGAGGCCGAGCCGUCCCGCGCCGCCGAGCGUCCCUGCCAUGAAGCCCAACUUCUCCCUGCGACUGAAGGUCUUUAACCUCAACUGCUGGGGCAUUCCCUACCUGAGCAAGCACCGGGCCGACCGCGUUAAGCGCCUGGGAGACUUUCUGAACAGGGAGAGCUUCGACCUAGCUCUCCUGGAGGAGGUGUGGAGCGAGCAGGACUUCCAGUACCUGAGGCAGAAGCUGCUCCCCGCCUACCCAGCAGCACACUACUUCAGGAGUGGCAUCAUUGGCAGUGGUCUCUGUGUCUUCUCCAAACACCCAAUCCAGGAAUUCACCCAGCACGGCUUCACCCUCAAUGGCUACCCCUACAUGAUCCACCACGGUGACUGGUUCUGUGGGAAGGCCGUGGGGCUGCUGGUGCUCCGUCUGGGUGGAUUGGUGCUCAACGCCUACGUGACCCAUCUCCAUGCCGAGUACAAUAGACAGAAGGACAUCUACCUAGCACAUCGUGUGGCCCAAGCUUGGGAACUGGCCCAGUUCAUCCACCACACGUCCAAGAAAGCUGAUGUGGUUCUAUUGUGUGGGGACCUCAACUUGCACCCAAAGGACCUGGGCUUCCGCCUGCUGAAGGAGUGGACGGGACUGCAGGAUGCCUAUCUGGAGACUCGGGACUUCAAGGGCCCUGAAGAAGGCUGUACGAUGGUACCGCAGAACUGCUACGUCAACCGGCAGGAGCUAGAGCAGUUCCCCUUGGGUAUCCGUAUCGACUACGUGCUUUAUAAGGCGGUGUCUGGGCUGUACAUCUUCUGUAAGACUCUCAGAACUACUACAGGCCACGAGCCUCACAGCGGCAGCCCCCUCUCCGAUCAUGAGGCGCUGAUGGCUACUCUGUGUGUGAGACACAGCCCCCCCCAGCACAACCCCAGCCCUACCCAUGGACCAGCAGAGAGGUCUCCGCUGAUCAGUGUGCUACGGGAGGCCUGGACAGAACUGGACCAGGGCAUGGCUCAAGGUCGCUGGUGGGCCACCAUCGCUGGCUACGUGAUUGGUCUAGGGCUUCUUCUCCUGGCGUUGCUGUGUGCCCUGGCGGCUGGAGGAGAGAUCAGGGAAGUUGCUGUACUGCUCUGGACCCCCAGUGUAGGACUGGUGCUGGGGGCGGGUGCAUUCUAUCUCUUCCACGUGCAGGAGGUCAAGGGCUUGUGUCGGGCCCGAGCUGAGCUCCAGCAUGUGCUGGGAAGGGCAAGGGAGGCCCAGGACCUGGGCUCAGAGUCCCAGCCAGCCGGGCUCCUGGGGCAGCAGGAAGUAGACAGAGCAGAGGAACAAUAAAGCUUGACACUUUGGUG